AGACUCCCAGCAAACCCACAAGAAAGAGCAUCAUCAAGCUUAGUCCCAAGCCUAAACCCCGAAACACAAACCAAAAACCACAAAUAUGUCGAAAUUCGUGAUGGUUGUCCUGGCAUUUGCCGCCGUCUGCCUGAUCCUUGCCAGCGCCGCGCCAGCACCUGCCACACAGCUGCUGGAUGCACAGACAGCCAUCCAGAAGAUAAUUGCUGCCUACAAUCGCAUUCCUGGACGCUCAAUCGUCCACCCGUGGGAGGUGGCCACCGUAAUUGAUCCCAACACAUUCGUGGUCAACUAUUGAAAGGACUCUGCCCUGUGCCAUGACAACUUGUACAAAAUCUAUCUCCCAUUGCGCCACCCAUUGAUAUUGAAUAAACAAAAUGAACAAUAAUAAGCCAUAA